CAGAGGGUACGCCGAGACUAGACGGACUGCAUAGUCGGCUACCACACCACGUACGGUAUACCGUUAAAUCUACUUUGCAGCCGACUUUGAGAACAAGACUUUGAACAGAAACAAUGAGGAUUGGACCCCUUGUCUAUAAAUUCUUCUCGUCACCUUUUGGGUUGUUCCUCCUGCUGACAAUCUAUGCUUUGCUGGGCGCAGCAGUCUUCAGUGCCUUGGAGGAGGAAUGGUCUUUUGAAACUGGCUUAGCUUUUUGUGGGACAGUUUUCACCACCAUUGGAUACGGACACCUCACUUCCCAGACAGUAGCAGGGAAAGUCUUAACCUGCUUGUACUCAGUGAUAGGGAUUCCACUAUGUUUCAUGACGCUAGUCGGAUUCGGCGACCUUCUCCACAGGGGUGUCAAGUAUUUAUUAAGACUUCUCCGUCGUCUUUGCCGUGCAGGAUGCCGUGGGGGAUCAGCCAGAGACGUCGAGGCGACCGCCCUGCCUGUUGUUGGAGACGACUCCGAGGUGCCGCAGUCCGAGGCAGAGGGUCGUUCCUCGGGCCCCGCUGUUAUUGAUGCCGAGAGUGUCGAUGUGAAAGAGGCGGGACACGGAAGAGAAAGGCAGCUUGAAACAAGAAAUGACCCCGACUGCAACGUUUGUCUUGUUUUCACCGUUACGCUGGCAUGCUUACUUGUUUAUGUUUUAAUUGGAGCGGCCGCUGCAACCGCGGCGGAGAUUUGGUCAUUUAGUGAUUCUGUUUAUUUUAUCGUUACUUCUCUUUUCACCAUUGGGUUCGGAGACUUACUUCCAGAACAUCCUACCCAUUCUAUAGGCGCGUUAAGUGCGAUUUACAUAUUUGUGGGUUUGAUUCUAAUGUCUUCGAAUGUUCACGCCGGGAUAAGUGUUGCGAGGGUUUUUAAAGCUAAGAUCAAGGGGUGCUUAAUGUAAACCUUCAUUGGACUGCGUUAGAUCUUUGAUUAAAAUGCGAUCAGUAAUAAAAUAUCAUAGUAAAAAUGCCAUCAUAUCGUUGAACAUAUAUUAGAUCAUGUAGUCCUUUUGUACAAUUUUUAUCUGACAUUUAUCUCGACAUUUUAUGUAUAUCACACUGCAGGUUCAGAUCCUUAAGUCAAUUUGUAGACAAAUUUAUAUGUCAAAAAAUUAGAAAAAAUUUGUAUAAAUUUAUUGUCAUGUUUCAUACACGUAGUAAUUGCAUUUUUAUAUAUAUUACACUUAGUAAUAAAGAUUACCACAAGUCAUUUGUUGGUACAGGUCUUUUAGAUUAUAAUGAUCUUAAAUUCAUUAAUUUCAAUUCGACUUUUUGAUGUCUGUUCCAAAAUAUGCCCAAAAUUUUACAUAUCUGAAAAUAUCUGAAAACUUGAACAUAAUCAAUAUCCAGAUAUCUCAUCUGAAAAGAACAUUAAAAAUUAAUAGGUGGAUUUGAAAAUUUUGUUUAUAAUUUUUCUGUCCCCAGUUUAACUUCAUAGCCAAGUUCUUGCCACACAACUGUGUUAUAACUAGAUUGGACUGAUAGCACCACUUAGAAAGUUU